AUCGCACUCCUCGUCAAGAAUACCAUCAGCCACGUCUUUAGCCACCUCCUGAACACAAUUCUUACCUAAAGAACCUUUUACCUUUCAUGUAUGCUUCCACGGGUGUGGAAGUGGUUUCUUUGGGACUUCCACGUCCAAAGCGUAAUGCGGCAGAUUCUGCUAUAGUUGAAGAUAUAAUCAAAUUCUGCAACAAGAAAGAGAGAGUAGGAGAGCCUGUGAACAUUUUGAUUGCAUCAGGAGACAAGAAUGUGAUGCUGGAGGCGUGGAGCAAAUCCAAGAAACGCAAUCGCUCAAUUGUUUGGUUAGGCGUAUCUGUUGAUCCCGUAGAUCAAAUGCCUGCAAUGACUGCUUUGUGGACAUGGCGAAGUUUCCUUCUCAUGGAAGAAGAGGCGCCACCUAAAGUUCCUCUGAUUGAGUACAAUGAAUUGGAGUAUCGAAAUGUAGGUCCACUGCCUUGGACAGCUGAGGAGAUGAAAAGACAAGUGAAAAGUCAGAAACACGCUGCAAAGAAAGCACUAAAGGAUGCAAAGGAAGCACUAAAAGAAGAUGAAGGAAGUGAUGAGGAAGCAAGAGAUGUGGGUCAAGAAGUCAACGUGAGUAAGAAGAAGAGAGCAAGAGAGUUGGUUCCUGAGGAUGAAGUCAACGUGAGUAGGAAGAAGCAGAAGAACAAGAAGAGAGUAAGUGAGUUGGAUCCUGAAGAGUAGUUUGGGACUUGAAUGCUUUUUAAAAGAGUAGAAGAGUAGUUUGGGACAUGCUUCUUAGUACUGUGACAACCAUAAUAACAAUCUUUGUCUUUG